CACCUGAUGUGUGGCUCCAGCCCCCAGAGAGAUGGUGACAGCCAGUCCAAACAGAAGGGAGCUGUAAAAGAUGGAUCUCAGGUGCUUGCUGCUUCACACUCCCUUUCCCGUGUUUGGUUUCUCUGUGGGGCUUCAGAGCUGCUCAGCAGAGCAGCUGGAACAAGGCUGGCAGCGCUAGGAGCAGAGACGUGGGGCUUGUGCUGACACAGAGAAGAAAGCUCUGGGAGGGAGAGUGGUUACUAGCUUUGCUUCUAAAGGCUUAAUGUCCUAAGAACUCAGCUGACUCCUGCUCAGAAGCAAAGGGAACCACAGGCGCUCGGGACAGCUGGGCACCUGAAAAUGCUGUGUUUCUCCAAACCAUGAUGGAACAGAGGUUUGGGAAUUGCAUCACCCUUUGCCUGCUGCCCUGGAGCUGCUUGAGCUUUGCCUGGAGUGACGUUGCUGGGCCUGGGACCACCUGGCCAGGGGCAGAACAUGUCAGAAAGUGGCUGUCCAGAGACAUCGUCAACGGGACCUACGUGCACAGCAACACCUCAGCACCGUGCAUGGCCCUUCCUCCACCACGCUAUGGAUACUACUAUGUGGACAGAGGGUCAGGCGUCUCCUUGGGCUCCGUCCUUGUGUACUGGUGCCAGGAUGGAUACCAGCUGGUGGGCAGCGAGAGGCUGCUCUGUCUCCGCCGGGGGAGCGCUUCAUCCUGGAGCCAGCCCCCACCCUACUGCCAGGCCGCCCCGCAGCCCGCGAUGAGCGGCGCCCGCACCGCUCUGGCCGCGUCGCUGCUGAGCGGAGCCGUCAUCCUGGCGCUCUCCGUCUGCUUCGCCGUCUGCUGCUGGCGGGACAGGGCGAGGAGGAGCCGCGAGGGGCAGCAGCAUGGAAGGAAAGUCAGAGGAAGACGAAAACUCAGUCCCUCCACCCGAGAAAGGAGGAGGAACACUUUUGGGAGACUGAAACACUACCACCGGCGUGAUUACCACCUCUCAGCCCUCUCCAGUUCUGUGUUCCCAGGGGCAUUUGCAGGCCGCAAUAACCUGGCUUUCCAAAGGAGCCCCAAAAACGCACCAAAGCUGUUUCUGCAGAGCUGGCACCCCGAUGCGCCAGUCUUGCCCCAGCUGGUGUUACAACCUGGCACACCACCUGUCAAUGCCGUGCCCAGCCAGCCAGCCCACAAUGUACUGGUGCCUGCCGUGCCCUGCCAUGCUGACAUCCCCCUCUACUACAGAAGCUAUGAGGAACAUAGAAUCUUCAACAAGUUCAGGAUGCCAGUUUGAAAAUUUAACCACCCAUGCAACUUCGUUUUCCCUUUUUUUUUUUUUUUUUCCUUUCAAGACCAUCAAUUCCUUGAACCUCUCCAGAGCUCAGGAAAGAAUUUCACAAGAGCCAAUUAUUGCACCUGGGAUUUCAAACUGAGAAAAUCUGACUCUUCAUGUUGAAAGGCUGUUUGAUAUAAAUCUUUUAUCUCCUCUCCCAUGUCCAGACAUGCACAUUUCAAACAGUAGUUCCUUGGCUACAAGCUGCUUAAUUGAUCAUUUUAGUGAGAUGACUAAAGCCAAGGCUGAGCAACUCCAGCUUAAACUACAGGCUAAGUAUGUGCAGACUUUCAGGUUUUAAGCAAAGGAGUCUGAUUUGCGGUUCAGAGCUUUCUUAAAGGCUGAAAGUGAAGACAGCCAGUUACCAGAAACAAGGAAUCUAUCUCAUUAGAUAACUGGAAGCAUUUACAAUCCAUUGCACUCGAAUGUAGCCUGAGAUCUGAAGUUUUUGUUGUUGUUUAGAACUCACUAUUAUCCUCCCAUUUCUACACAAUCUUGGACUUGCAAGAUGCAGUGACAAGUGUGCAAAGAUAGCCAGUAAAAAGGAAAAUGUGAGUUUAUCUUUAAUAUAAAGGGCCUAGCACAUAAAAAAUAACCCAAAUAAACCAACAAGUUGGGUUUUUUUCAUCCCUUCUCUCCUGUAUUAGAAAUUCACAUCAGAUGUGUCAGAACCUUCAGCACUGGCUGAAGAGCUCACCCAAAUUCCAUCAUUUGCAUUAAGAAAGCAACGACACCCAUAUUUCUGUCCAGGAUUUCCUGGGUGGAAACACAGAGGUGUGUUCCAGGCUGUGCAUGCAGAGACUGGCCAAGAAGCUUUGGGACACUUCAGCCUGCAUAGCAUGCCCCAUACAGUCUGGGCACGUGUGGCUUGUUGAGUAGCAUGGUAUCAUGUAGACACAGAGAUGGUGUUUCUGCCUCAGGAGUCAUUAACACACCAGUCAGAAGAGCUGCUGGAUGCAUGGGCCAGGGAAUAAGAACAUCCAGGAUGUGAACCUCCAGCACCAUGUGCCAUCCAGUGCUCAAGGAUGAAAACCGUGUUACCCAAACAAUCCUGCUACAAAGCCUAGAAGUUUUAGUCUGAUGACUUCAUUUCUAUCAUCAUUUGCAUCACAUUUCAAGGAAAGAAGCCUCAGAAGAUGGAAGGUAGCACAUUUUUUGAUAAGGCAAGACUACUAGUGGACAUCUGGGAACCACUUGCCACUUCUCCCAGAAAGAGGGCUGGGGAUCUCUGUCCAUUCCACCUCCCAUGUCUUAUUCGCACAUCUCCAAGUUACGGGAAGUUUGGUUUUGGGGGCUGGGUUUGAUGCGGGAGCAAGCAGGUGGUAAAGCUUUUACAGAUUCCCUGCAGAAGAUGAGAAGCCUGCAGUUGCCAUUUAUCAGCAAGUACACCACAAGAAAGAAAACGCCUUUCAUUCUCCUAAGACAACUGAAGCUGUAGAAAGGACAGGAAAACCAGGACCUGCUCUGCUCUUCCCUUCAGCUCAUGUCCCAACCUUACCUUUUUCUUCUCCCUCUUUUUCUAGCCAAGUUUAAUGCACAGGGAGGGGAAUAAUCCUGCUUCAAGGUAAGCUGUUCCUUGGUCCCCUCCCAGAUGCUUGUGAGACUGCCUGGACUACCAGAGGAAAAGGUGCUUUACGUACAGACACGCCAGAUGUGGAUUUGGACACAGCCCUAUGGGCAUUUUGGACUCUCACGAUACAUCAGUGCCAUACCCAUUUACCGCACUUCCACUUCCACCUCACCAAAAUAGGUUUCAUGGCCAGGAAUUCAGCCCAGGAUCUGCUCUUGCAGAUCCUGCUUGCAGGAGACUGAAACAGAGGGAAGAAAGAUGGGAUACAGGCUGGAAGCUCAACUCUACCACAAGUUUCCCUACCAAUGCCUUAGUCUUUGCCUGAGUUAAGGUUGUGGAGAGCCACAUUCAGCUUCACCCCAGGAAGUCACUGCCCAAUUUCUUGUUCACAUAGGAAGGUAUUGUCCUGUUAAGAGAUGAAAUCACUGUCUUAGGUUUGUGUGGGAUAGAGUUAAUUUUCUUCAGCUUCUUAUACUGUCCUGCCAACGAGAGGGCAGGGAGGGGACACAGCUGGGGCAGUACAUAAACUGGGCGAGUUGGCCAGGAGGUGGUGGGCAUUGGUUUCCAGGUGAUGGCAAACUGCACUGUGCAUUACUAAGGAGAGAAUUCAUAAAAGGUUAUAUAUGCUUUUAUUAUUAUUUUCUCUCCAUUUGCUGUUCUAUUAAAAUGUCUUUACCCCAAACCAUGAGCAAUACCUUUUUUAAUUUGUGAUUCUCCUCCCCAUCCCAUCAUGGGGGAAGGAGUGAGCAAGUGGCCACGUGGUACUUAGUUACCAGUUGGGGCCAAACCACAACAAUCAGAAUAAAAACAGAAAGGAAACUGAAGAGGAUGGCAAUGAGACUUUUCCUAUCCCCUUCUCCUCUAUUUCUCUCCCUUGCCAUGUUUUAAGGAAUAAAUAAAACCUCACUUCCUCUCUCUACAACAAGAUCUUCAUUCCGAAAACACAUUUGGACACAGUUUUCUGUCCUUUGGUUCUGAGUAAGGCUUUAAAACCAAAAGUGGGAUUUUCUUGCUACAUAAAAUCAGAGAUUGACACCUGCUUUCACUGCAAACUGAAAUGACGCACAUUUCAGAUAUGAAAAACUUUUGCCAAAUAUGUACAGAAAGGUGC